UCCAAUCCUGUCUAUCCUUUUCUAUCUAUAUGUAGAUUUAACACUGGCUAGUACCAGAAAAACAUUGUCACGAAACAAGCAUGUCUUAGAACCAAAAAGUUAAGGUAUAUUGGACACAGAAGACUGAUUACCUUUUUGCCUUUUAGAGAAAAUAAACCAGCACAAAAACUUAUCCAAAUCCCAGACCUAAAAGUUUGUAUAGCCCCAGUUUUUUUUAUAUGUUAAUAGUUAAUACCCCCAUAAUUAAUGAUUUAACAUAUUGUCCAUUCAUUUUAUAGAGUGUAAGAUGUAUAUUAACUCAUUGUAAAUUUAUUAACUAAUUUGAAAAUGUAUAAUAGACUAUGAUAUGCCUAUUUCAUAACUCCUUGAUGGAGCAAACUAAUUCACUGUAAUAUUUAAGGAUUUUUAAGCCAUUGAUUAUUUCAUCUUCAUGAACAAGAGAUUAAGUUUACGAUAGUGCAACCAGUUCUAAUGCUAGCAUGAUGGUGGACGGUUCUAUUUUAGGGGACUGGGCUCUGCAGAUUUCAAUCAACAAAAGCCAACUAAAACUAGUAAGCAGCAUAAUGUUCUACCAAUAUGGGGUAAUGAACAGACUAUGAAUCUGAACCCUUUAAUAUUAGCGAAUAUUCAAGGUUCUAGCUACUUCAAAGUUCAUCUUUUCAAGUUAAAAACUUACCAUGAGGUGGUGGAUGAAAUUUACUACCAAGUGAAGCAUUUGGAGCCAUGGGAACGGGGCAGUCGCAAGACCGCGGGCCAGACCGGCAUGUGUGGCGGCGUAAGAGGAGUAGGCGCAGGGGGUAUUGUUUCUACUGCAUUUUGCCUUUUGUACAAAUUGUAUACUUUGAGAUUGACUCGUAAACAGGUGAAUGGACUUCUUCAACACUCAGACUCACCCUACAUCAGAGCUCUUGGUUUUAUGUAUAUUCGUUACACUCAGCCACCUGCAGAUCUGUUUGAUUGGUAUGUGGACUACCUAGAUGAUGAUGAAGAGGUGGACCCGAGAGCCGGUGGAGGUGGCACAACCACCAUAGGUGCCUUAGUACGCCAGAUGCUCAUUAAGCUAGAUUGGUUCAGCACUUUGUUUCCAAGAAUUCCUGUGCCUAUUCAAAAACAGAUUGAGCAAAAAUUAGCAGAACACAACAGACAAAUGGUACCCAUAAAACAACCAGCAGCUAACUACCGAACAGGUAAUACAAGCAAUUACAACCAAAAUCGUCUAGAUGUUGAUAGAAGAGAACAUGAUGACAGAGACAAAAGAGAUUAUGGAGAUGGCGAUAAAGAUAGAUAUGCAAAAGACCGAGCUAGACGUGAUGAUAGGGAUCGCGAUCGCAAUCGUGACCGUGAUCGCCGAGACCGCGACCGUGAAAGAUACCGCGACCGGUCUCGCGAUCGCCACAGGGAGAGGUCGAGAGAACGCGUUCGACAUAGGUCUCGUUCUAGAGAUCGUCGUUAUAGAUAAUGAACAUUUUUACCUCUAUUUUGUUUACAUGUAAUUGAUAAUUAAAAUAGAUAUGGUGUUCAUUCA